AUGCGGGAGGCGAGGCGACCAUCCGCGCGGGGCCGUUUGCAGGCCACGGACCAGUCACGUUUGCCGCCGCGACCAGAGCAAAAUCUACCAAAGAAUACCUACCAUCUGUACAAGCAGUUAUUAUUUCUUUAAAAAAAAUUACAACAUGAGACAACAGAUAGUAUUAAUGAAACGUAAAUGCAAGCACCACCUGGGCAAGAGAAUCAAGCAAGAUCUGAAAAAUCUCCAAGACAAUACCAACAGAAGCCGCGAAAAAGAAAGGCAAACGAGUUUGAAGGUGAAAUUGUUAACAUUUUAAAGGAACCGGAAAACAGGCACUUGUCUUUUUUUAAGGGAAUUCUACCGUCUCUGGAAAAAUUGGAUGAGAACAAAACACUUAUUUUUUUUAAAGUCGUUUCCUCCUAUCAGCCUAGCAACUACCAGAGCUACACAGGCUAUCAAACUCAACAUUUUGCAAACCAAACACCACUGACACGCCCACAUUUAUAACAAGAACAAUCAUCAAACGCAGGGGAAGAUCAAAUUAAUUCACCUAGUGAUAAUUAUUCUACCUAUAGCGCUUUGUCGACGGAAAAAGAGUUUGAUUUUACAUAAUAUUAAUUACUAUUAACUGCUAAUACUACAAAAAAAUGAGUUCCAUCCAUUUCAUGUACAGCGAGUACAAUCCUUAUUACCUCGAGAUUAUGAACCUCGGGUUGCUUUUUGCCAAACAAUAAUUCAAAAACACCGAGAAGACCCACAAUUCUUAGAAAAUUUUUUAUGGUCGGAUGAAUCAACUUUUAAAAAAGACGGCUACAUGAACCUACACAAUCUGCACGAGUGGCACGUCGAAAAUCCACGAUUGAUGAGACCAGACAGAUCACAGUACCGUUUCAAAGUUAACAUGUGGACUGGAAUUUUGAACGGAAAAGUCAUAGGGCC